AUGGAUGGGUGUGAUCUCCGAGAAGUCUCUGACUCCUACCCAUCGCAACUGUGCUUAGUGGCUUCAGGAAAAAUCCCGAGGUUUCUCGUAUGGCCUUAUCUUCCCACUGCAGUUUUCCUGCAGUCUUCCCACUGGAUGUGGCUGGACAAGUUUCGUCCAGUUUCUCAGGGUUGCUCUGUAUACUCUCCUUGGGGGCCUAAGGCAAAAAUAGAAAAUAGGGUUGGAGGUGACACAGGAAAUAGGAAGGGGCAUUGUCAGUUUGCUAGAGUUUGGAUACCUGAUCCUGAGGAAGUUUGGAAGUCAGCAGAGCUGCUGAAAGAUUAUAAACCAGGAGAUAAAGUCCUCCUGCUUCACCUUGAAGAAGGAAAGGAUUUGGAAUAUCGUCUAGAUCCAAAGACUAAGGAACUGCCUCACUUAAGAAACCCUGACAUACUUGUGGGUGAAAAUGACCUCACAGCCCUCAGCUAUCUUCAUGAGCCUGCUGUGCUCCACAAUCUCAGAGUCCGCUUUAUUGACUCCAAACUUAUCUAUACAUAUUGUGGUAUAGUCCUUGUAGCUAUAAAUCCUUAUGAACAGCUGCCUAUUUAUGGAGAAGAUAUUAUUAAUGCAUAUAGUGGUCAGAAUAUGGGUGAUAUGGAUCCACAUAUCUUUGCAGUAGCUGAAGAAGCUUACAAGCAAAUGGCCAGAGAUGAACGAAAUCAGUCCAUCAUCGUAAGUGGAGAGUCUGGGGCAGGGAAAACAGUUUCAGCUAAGUAUGCCAUGCGAUACUUUGCAACUGUAAGUGGUUCUGCCAGUGAAGCCAAUGUUGAGGAAAAGGUCUUGGCCUCCAACCCCAUUAUGGAGUCCAUUGGAAAUGCUAAGACAACCAGGAAUGAUAACAGCAGCCGUUUUGGGAAGUAUAUUGAAAUUGGUUUUGAUAAGAGAUAUCGAAUCAUUGGUGCCAAUAUGAGAACUUACCUUUUAGAGAAAUCCAGAGUGGUAUUCCAGGCAGAAGAGGAGAGAAACUAUCAUAUCUUCUAUCAGCUUUGUGCUUCAGCAAAUUUACCUGAAUUUAAAAUGCUGCGAUUAGGAAAUGCAAAUAACUUUCAUUACACAAAGCAAGGUGGCAGUCCUGUGAUUGAAGGAGUUGAUGAUACCAAGGAGAUGGCACAUACCAGGCAGGCCUGCACUUUGCUAGGAAUUAGUGAGUCUUAUCAGAUGGGAAUUUUCCGAAUACUUGCUGGCAUCCUUCACUUAGGCAAUGUUGCAUUUACAUCUCGGGAUUCAGACAGCUGCACAAUACCUCCCAAGCAUGAACCUCUCAGCAUCUUCUGUGACCUUAUGGGUGUGGACUAUGAAGAGAUGUGUCACUGGCUCUGCCAUCGGAAACUGGCUACCACCACGGAGACAUACAUCAAACCCAUAUCCAAGCUGCAGGCCACAAAUGCCCGUGAUGCUUUGGCCAAGCACAUUUAUGCCAAGCUCUUUAACUGGAUUGUAGAUCAUGUCAAUCAAGCCCUCCAUUCUGCUGUCAAACAGCACUCUUUUAUUGGAGUGCUGGACAUAUAUGGAUUUGAAACAUUUGAAAUAAAUAGUUUUGAACAGUUUUGCAUAAAUUAUGCAAAUGAAAAACUACAGCAACAAUUCAAUAUGCAUGUCUUCAAAUUAGAACAAGAAGAAUAUAUGAAGGAACAAAUUCCAUGGACACUCAUAGAUUUUUAUGAUAAUCAACCUUGCAUUAAUCUUAUAGAAUCUAAACUAGGUAUUCUAGAUUUGCUGGAUGAGGAAUGCAAGAUGCCUAAAGGUACAGAUGACACUUGGGCCCAAAAAUUGUACAACACACAUUUGAACAAAUGUGCACUCUUUGAAAAGCCCCGUCUGUCAAACAAAGCUUUCAUCAUCCAACAUUUUGCUGACAAAGUGGAAUACCAGUGUGAAGGCUUUCUGGAAAAGAAUAAAGACACUGUUUUUGAAGAACAAAUUAAAGUUCUGAAAUCAAGCAAGUUUAAGAUGCUACCAGAACUAUUUCAAGAUGAUGAGAAGGCCAUCAGUCCAACCUCAGCCACCUCGUCAGGGCGCACGCCCCUCACCCGCACUCCUGCAAAGCUGACCAAAGGUAGACCAGGCCAGACAGCCAAAGAGCACAAGAAAACUGUGGGGCACCAGUUCCGAAACUCCCUUCACCUGCUUAUGGAGACCCUCAAUGCCACUACCCCUCACUAUGUGCGCUGUAUUAAGCCCAAUGACUUCAAGUUCCCAUUCACGUUUGAUGAGAAGAGGGCGGUGCAGCAACUCAGAGCGUGUGGUGUCCUGGAAACCAUCCGCAUCAGUGCAGCAGGCUUCCCCUCACGGUGGACUUACCAAGAAUUUUUCAGUCGCUACCGUGUCCUAAUGAAGCAAAAGGAUGUGCUGAGUGACAGAAAGCAAACAUGCAAGAAUGUAUUAGAGAAACUGAUAGCGGACAAGGACAAAUACCAGUUUGGUAAGACAAAGAUCUUUUUCCGUGCUGGUCAAGUAGCCUAUCUAGAAAAAUUGAGGGCGGACAAGCUGAGGGCUGCCUGCAUCCGGAUCCAGAAGACCAUCCGAGGGUGGCUGCUGCGGAAGAAGUACCUGCGCAUGCGGAAGGCGGCCAUCAUUGUGCAGAGAUACGUGCGGGGCUACCAGGCCCGAUGUUAUGCUAAGUUCCUGCGCAGAACCAAGGCAGCAACCAUCAUUCAGAAAUACUGGCGCAUGUACACAGUCCACAGGAGAUACAAGAUAAAACGAAUGGCCACUAUUGUUCUUCAGUCUUAUUUGCGAGGCUACUUGGCCAGAAAUAGGUACCGCAAGAUGCUCCGUGAGCACAAAGCAGUUAUCAUUCAGAAGUGGGUCCGGGGCUGGCUGGCUCGUACCUACUACAGGAGGAGUAUGCAUGCCAUCAUCUAUCUUCAGUGCUGCUUCCGGCGGAUGAUGGCCAAGCGUGAGCUAAAGAAGCUCAAGAUCGAGGCCCGCUCUGUGGAGCGCUAUAAGAAGCUCCACAUCGGCAUGGAAAACAAGAUAAUGCAGCUACAGCGCAAAGUUGAUGAGCAGAACAAAGACUACAAAUGCCUCAUGGAGAAACUGACCAAUCUGGAAGGAAUAUACACCUCUGAGACUGAGAAAUUACGAAGUGACUUGGAGCGUCUUCAACUAAGUGAGGAGGAAGCUAAGAUUGCCACUGGACGGGUCCUCAGUCUGCAGGAAGAAAUUGCCAAGCUCCGGAAAGACCUGGAACAAACUCAGUCGGAGAAAAAAUCCAUUGAGGAGCAUGCAGAUAGGUACAAACAGGAAACUGAGCAGCUGGUAUCAAAUCUGAAGGAAGAAAAUACUUUGCUGAAGCAGGAAAAAGAGGCCCUCAAUCAUCUUAUCGUGGAGCAGGCUAAGGAGAUGACAGAGACUAUGGAGAAGAAGUUAGUAGAAGAAACAAAACAACUGGAACUCGAUCUUAAUGAUGAAAGGCUGAGGUAUCAGAACCUUCUGAAUGAGUUCAGUCGCUUAGAAGAACGAUAUGAUGACCUCAAGGAAGAGAUGACUCUGAUGGUAAAUGUGCCUAAGCCUGGACACAAGAGAACAGACUCCACUCAUAGCAGCAAUGAGUCUGAAUACACCUUCAGCUCUGAAAUUGCAGAAACUGAAGAUAUGCCAUUGAGGACAGAGGAGCCAAGUGAGAAGAAGGUACCUCUGGACAUGUCAUUGUUCCUCAAGCUCCAGAAGCGGGUCACAGAGCUGGAGCAGGAGAAGCAGGUGAUGCAGGAUGAGCUGGACCGCAAGGAGGAGCAGGUGCUCCGCAGCAAGGCAAAGGAAGAAGAAAGACCACAAAUUAGAGGCGCAGAACUGGAAUAUGAGUCACUCAAGCGCCAAGAGCUUGAAUCAGAAAACAAAAAACUGAAAAAUGAGCUAAAUGAGUUACGCAAGGCACUUAGUGAGAAAAGUGCCCCAGAGGUGACCGCUCCAGGUGCACCAGCCUACCGUGUCCUCAUGGAGCAGCUGACCUCUGUGAGUGAGGAGCUCGAUGUCCGCAAGGAGGAAGUCCUCAUCUUGAGAUCUCAGCUGGUGAGCCAGAAGGAGGCUAUCCAACCCAAGGAUGACAAGAAUACAAUGACAGAUUCCACAAUACUUUUGGAAGAUGUGCAAAAAAUGAAAGAUAAAGGUGAAAUAGCACAAGCAUACAUUGGUUUGAAAGAAACAAACAGAUCACCUGCUAUGGACUGCCAUGAGUUGAAUGAGGAUGGAGAGCUGUGGCUGGUUUAUGAAGGGUUAAAACAAGCCAACAGGCUCCUGGAAUCCCAGCUCCAGUCACAGAAGAGGAGCCACGAGAAUGAGGCUGAAGCCCUGCGUGGAGAGAUCCAGAGCCUGAAGGAGGAGAACAACCGGCAGCAGCAGCUGCUGGCCCAGAACCUGCAGCUGCCCCCGGAGGCCCGCAUCGAGGCCAGCCUGCAACACGAGAUCACCAGGUUGACCAACGAAAAUUUGUAUUUUGAGGAAUUAUAUGCAGAUGACCCUAAGAAGUAUCAAUCAUAUCGGAUUUCACUUUACAAGCGGAUGAUUGAUUUGAUGGAGCAACUUGAAAAACAAGACAAGACUGUUCGAAAACUGAAAAAACAACUGAAAGUAUUUGCCAAAAAAAUUGGUGAACUAGAAGUGGGCCAAAUGGAGAACAUAUCCCCAGGACAGAUCAUUGAUGAACCCAUCCGUCCAGUCAAUAUUCCUAGGAAAGAAAAGGAUUUCCAAGGAAUGCUGGAAUACAAGAAGGAGGAUGAGCAAAAGCUUGUUAAGAACCUGAUUCUGGAACUGAAGCCACGUGGUGUGGCAGUCAAUUUGAUUCCAGGGUUACCAGCGUAUAUCCUGUUUAUGUGUGUUCGACAUGCUGACUACCUGAAUGAUGAUCAGAAAGUAAGGUCAUUGCUAACAUCAACAAUUAACAGCAUCAAAAAAGUAUUAAAGAAAAGAGGUGAUGAUUUUGAAACCGUCUCCUUCUGGCUCUCUAACACAUGCCGAUUUUUGCACUGUUUGAAGCAGUACAGUGGAGAAGAGGGCUUUAUGAAACACAACACGUCUCGCCAGAAUGAACACUGCCUCACCAACUUUGACCUGGCUGAGUACCGGCAGGUGCUAAGUGACUUAGCCAUUCAGAUCUACCAGCAGCUCGUGCGGGUGUUAGAGAACAUCCUUCAGCCAAUGAUCGUCUCUGGCAUGCUGGAGCAUGAAACCAUUCAGGGCGUGUCUGGGGUGAAGCCCACAGGGCUAAGAAAGCGAACCUCCAGCAUCGCUGACGAGGGCACCUAUACACUGGACUCCAUCCUCCGGCAGCUCAACUCCUUCCAUUCAGUCAUGUGUCAGCACGGCAUGGACCCUGAACUGAUCAAGCAGGUGGUCAAACAGAUGUUCUACAUUGUUGGGGCCAUCACCCUGAACAACCUCCUUCUGCGGAAGGACAUGUGCUCCUGGAGUAAAGGCAUGCAGAUCAGGUACAAUGUCAGUCAACUGGAAGAGUGGCUGCGUGACAAGAAUCUGAUGAACAGUGGGGCUAAAGAAACCCUGGAACCUCUCAUUCAGGCUGCACAGCUUUUGCAAGUGAAAAAGAAGACAGAUGAUGACGCAGAAGCCAUCUGUUCCAUGUGCAGUGCUUUAACUACUGCCCAGAUUGUCAAAGUGUUGAAUUUGUAUACUCCAGUUAAUGAGUUUGAAGAAAGAGUCUCUGUAUCAUUUAUUCGUACUAUACAGAUGCGUUUACGAGACAGGAAAGACUCUCCUCAGCUGCUCAUGGAUGCUAAACACAUCUUUCCUGUCACCUUUCCUUUUAACCCAUCCUCCCUCGCACUAGAAACCAUCCAAAUUCCAGCCAGCCUGGGCCUGGGAUUCAUAUCACGGGUCUGAAAGUGAUGUGAUGUCAAGGCAAACAGUGACAGUAAAUUUCUUGCCUGAAAUAAGAACCCAUUAUUUCCAGUGAGCUACUGAAAAUAUGCUCUAAAGAGAAAGUACUGAGUAUCUUUCAAACAAGAGGUUAUUAACUGGAAAUCUCCCUAAAUACUUUCAUCACCUUGGAAAGACAGAUAGGCUUCUUUGUACUGUGUUACCUUUAAUUCAUAGCAACACUCACCCUUGAUCAGUUAGGUAUCCUGAGUUACAUGCAGGUAAAUGGCAGACAGAAGGGGGAAAAGUGUCUCCAGCUGCCAGCAUUUAUUUUCAAUCCUUAGCACUGCAUCCUAAUGGUAUGGUAAAAAUGUAAAUUCCAGCUAUGAGCUGUUGUUAGGAAGGCACCAACAAAGAACCUCCUCUGUGUGAACCAGAAGAAUUGAAAGAAAAAUUGCCAUUGAGUACAUAUCAUAUCAGUUCAGGAAUCAAUUAUGUUGAUAUUGUCAAACUGGAUCAAAGAAAUAAACUGGCAAUAUGUAAAGUAAUUGGUCAAGUAACUUCCUUAUAUGUGUCACUCUGAUAUAGAGAUAUUAAGAGAAUGUUGGUUUGCCAUAUAGCAUAGAAGUCCAUUUGUACUGUAGUUUACUGAGCAUUUUAAAUUGCUGCUACAUACUGUAUACUUUAACAUGUAAGCGAUAUUCUUAUUAGGCACUACAACAGUAAGCUUCUCUUUUAUCAACUCUGUUUACAAUUCAAUCAGACCAUUUUAACUGGAUUAUGUGCAAAUAUAUACAGAUUCCCCUGCACGAGUAGCGGACACUGGGAAGUCAUGUAGUAAUAUGACAAAAUGUUUGACAUUUAGGGAUAGGAUUAGACAAAGUGGCUAUUGUUGAUGUCGUUAUUUAUUCAGAAUGUAUUACAUUGAUGUGCUCAUUAAUUUUCCCUGGGUGGAUAUCACAUCAGGGUACAGUGUUCUGUGAAGUGACUUAUUUUUAGUUCCCAGAUCAGAUUCCUACACUGCAUAUUUUCAACCCAGCCAGGUUUUCUUUCUUCUUAAUUUAUUAAGAAUUAAUCUCAGUCACUAUCUAGAGAAGAGUGUCAGCAUAGUCAUGGUUUGGGUCUUGAAACCUUGAUUAUCCUAUAAAUUAUGCAAAACAAGGUAUAUAAUAAAUACUAUGAUUCCAUUUUUUUAGGCUUUGCAACUUCUAUAAAUGUUCUCAGUACCACUAGAUACUUUAAAGAGCAUAAUACUAGAAAUACUUUAAGACUUAUAUAAGAAGACUGCUGAAUUUUAGAGGAUUUGUUUCAGUAAGAGCCAGAUCCUAUAAGUUUCAUUCUGAAAUUCUAAUUAAACAUAUUCUCAGUUUUUCCUGGACAUCCUAUACAGUAAAUCUUUCAGGUUGUGCAAAAGCAAAUUCUUAGUUUUCAUUAGAAACUCUGGUUCUGAAUUACAAUCAUAGAUUUAUAUAACUUAACUGUUAGAUGGUCUAUGAAAAAUGACAUCUUAUUAAUACAUGUGCAAUAUUAAUGGAAGUCAAACAGUUUCAAAUCAAUGAUAAAGAUUGUUAUUAAAAGAUAAAUACUGUCUGUUAACUUA